CCGCGGAACUGCUCCAGCGGCGCGCGGAGCCCACGGGGCACUAUGAACGAAGAGGAGCAGUUUGUAAACAUUGAUCUGAAUGACGACAACAUUUGCAGUGUUUGUAAACUGGGAACAGACAAAGAAACCCUCUCCUUCUGCCACGUUUGUUUUGAGCUAAAUAUUGAGGGAGUACCAAAAUCAAAUCUCCUGCACACCAAAUCACUAAGGGGCCAUAAAGACUGCUUUGAAAAAUACCAUUUGAUUGCAAACCAGGAUUGUCCUCGAUCUAAACUUUCAAAAAGUACUUAUGAAGAAGUUAAAACCAUUUUGAGUAAGAAGAUAAACUGGAUUGUACAGUAUGCACAAAAUAAGGAUCUGGAUUCUGAUUCUGAAUGUUCUAAAAAUCCCCAGCAUCACUUGUUAAAUUUCAGGCAUAAGCCAGAUAAGAAGUUACUCCCACAGUUUGACUCCCAAGUUCCAAAGUAUUCUGCGAAGUGGAUAGAUGGAAGUACAGGCGGGCUCUCAAACUGUUCACAAAGCAUAUUGGAGCACAGGGGAAAUACAGACUUCGAGCUUGCAAUGUUGCAAGAUUCAGGUGCCACUCUAUGCCACAACAGUGUAUUGUGGCCUCACAGUCACAACCAGGCACAGAAAAAAGAAGAGAUAAUCUCUAAUCCAGAGGCUGAUGUCCGGACCCAGCAUCCACGGUACAGCAGAGAGGAAUUGAAUUCGAUGACUCUUGGUGAGGUAAAGCAACUGAAAGCAAAGCUCCGACAGGAAAUACAGGAAGUUUUUGAAGAGUUGACACAUCAAGUUCAAGAAAAAGAUUCUUUGGCCUCAGAGCUCCAUGUCCGCCACGUUGCCAUCGAACAGCUUCUCAAGAACUAUUCCAAGUUACCGUGUCUGCAAGUGGGGCGAACAGGAAUGAAGUCACACCUACCCAUGAACAACUGAACUAAACUUACACUUACUUCCUUUGCCCUCAUGCCCCUACCAUUUAUUGGUCUGCUAGGCAUGCCAACUUUGAAGACGUGGAAGAAAGUUAAACAGUCCAUUUUUUUAUGGUCAUUAAAUUUGCAAAGCUGAAGGCAGUAUUUAACAUCUUUGUCAAAUAAAGCAGAUCAUUACA